AUGGACGUUGACACAGCAAUGAAAACAGCGUUAUUUCACGCCCCGUCUGAUCGUCGCACCGACCCUCCCUCUCUUUCACCCUCUCCCCUUUGCCUUCAUUACGCGAUCCUGUCACCUCGGGGGCGCUCUCUCAGUGGGCGUACGGCCUCGAGACGGCAUGCGCGUGGCUGUCGCGGCCUCGCUGUCCCUUUUGGGGGCGUGCGUUGGACGCGUUCCGCUGCGUUUGUGUGCACGGGGGUCGGAGAGCAAGGGCGCGCGCGGUGUGACGCUCGGCGCCCUGUGCGCCUGAUGCUCCGCCGCGUGACUAUCCCGUUAUGCAUAUCCUGUGUGCGCUCUAGCUCCAUCGGGGCCCUGACGAGUCAGCAACAAACCAUGCAUUACACAUUUUGCGCAGAGUGCCCCCUUCCCGUGAAAGCUCUUUUUUGUAGUGCGCUCGUCGCUAAACCAACAGACGCGGUGCACGAAACUGGAGAGCAAGAGAUGUCCACGACUCCGCCUCGGUGUAUAUAUAUAUAUACGCACAUGGCUGCAGCUUUGGGAUUUCUGGAGACGGAUCUGGAUAUGAUGAUUGACGUAACAUCACAGACUUUGACGAGCCCGUGA